AUGAAGGAGGCUGCGAGGAAGAGGAAGAUGCCGCGGGCCCCCCGGGCAGGCCCCGAGCUGAGGACGGAGAGCACGGAGGACAAAUCCCCCCGGCAGACCCUGGUGGGAGAGGCCGUUUUGAACGGCUCCACGGCACAGGAAGGCAGCGGGGAGGAAAAGGCCCGGAGAUCCCCCCGGAGGAGGGGCUCCAAAGCCAGCCCAGGGUGCUGUGAGGAGGAAAGAGGCAGCCUGUGCCGGGAAGGCGGCCGGAGCUUGAGCCGGAGCUCCGAGCUGGUGGUGCAGGAGCGCGUCAGUGCCGUGGAGAAGCCCUACAAGUGCCCCAGCUGUGAGAAGAGCUACUGCAGGAGCUCCAAGCUCCUUGUUCACCAGCGUGUCCACACUGGGGAACGGCCCUACGAAUGUGAGGAAUGUGGAAAGACCUUCAUGUAUGGCUCCAACCUCUUCAUCCACCGCCGGGUGCACACGGGGGAACGGCCCUACAAGUGUGAGGAAUGUGGGAAAGGCUUCACCGUCAGCUCCCACCUGAUCCGCCACCAGCAGAUCCACACCGGGGAACUGUGGCCCCGGCCCUACAAAUGUGAGGAAUGCAAGAAAAGCUUCGCAUGCAAUUCUGAACUCGUCAUCCACCAGCGCGUGCACACGGGGGAGAAACCCUACAAGUGUGGGGAGUGUAAGAAGAGCUUCCGCGCCAGCUCCCACCUGACCCAGCACCAGAAGACCCACACUGGGGAACGGCCCUACCAAUGUCUUGAGUGUGGGAAGAGGUUUCAGAGCAGCUCACAUCUUCUCCAGCACCAGCGGACGCACACGGAUGAGAGGCCCUUCCGCUGCACCGACUGCGGGAAGGGCUUCAAACGCAACUCCAACCUCAUGAAGCACCGGCGCAUCCACACUGGGGAGAGGCCCUACAAGUGCAAGGAGUGUGGGAAGAGCUUCACCCAGAGCUUUACCUUGACCACACACCAAUGGACCCACCAGUAAGAGAAGCCCUGCAAGUGCCCUGACUCUGGGAGGAGCUUCAUCUGCUGCUCCAACUCCAUCAGCUGUCAGAGGAUCCACUUUGGGAACAGGCUUGGUGACCCACAUUCCCAGUGACCCACGUUGGGAAGACCCCUGGCUGGUGGACUGUGGCAGGAUAGUCCCAGCCUGACCAGACCCAAGGUCCAAUCAAGCUCAUCAUCAAGCUGUCACGCAAGAUCAGCUGCUGGAGCCAGGGUGUUGUCUCGGUGUUAACUCUGCUAAAACCAUCCUGGUUGGUCCAAGGUUGAACACACACCCUGCUGGUUGAAGUCUGAGUUUACAGAGAAGCUGAGAGCUGGCCAGGAAAGGCGGGCCUGGCACUCAAUCACUUUAUCCUAUAAAAAGUCCAGUCCCCUCUCAUGCAGUUGGGUUCUUUCUGACAAAACCCUCCCUGGGGGGUGUGUGGAGAUUCCUCCCCUGGCUGGGGACGCCCUCCAAGGUCACUCCUCGAGGCUGAGAGAAAGAGAUCUCCCCAUGAGCGUUGGUCUGGGUGAGUUACAUCAGAUCUCUACUUAAUAAUUAUUUCUGUUUUCCAGCUUUAAUAGAACUGCUUCAAUAAAUGCUUUGUUACAGUGCCCUUUACUACUUUAUGUUAUAUUAGACUCUA